AACGCACGGAAAAAAAUAGUUGAAAGUGAAGAGCUGAAUAACCUCCUACGAGAAUUACUUUUUUAAUUCAUCUCUUCUGCUUGACAUCGCAAUUCAGCCAUUCAGUAGCUUAGCUCUCGAAUGUAGAGCAACAGAAACCUCCGUUAGUAGAAAUCCAUUCCCACUUAAGUGAUUUCAAAAGAGGGAGCUUGACGGGAAUACAGCGAAUAUCUACUCAAGGCAGCGAUGAUAAGCUGUAGGCUCACCUGUUCCAUAAUUUUGAUUCUCAUCUUUUGCCUGAGGGAAAUUUCUGUUGAGAGCGGACGUGUUGCCCAUCCAAAGCAUGUACAAUCAAAUGCACGAAUCAACAGCAAGAGAACCUACAUCGACAAAGAACUUCGCCAGACGAAGAACGAUUUGGAAACGGAACUAUUUCCUGUAAGAGUUGCUGACGAAAGAAGUAUAAGUCACGAAACUAUUCAAGCGCAUCACACAGCGAAACAGAGAGAAACACUUGAUAGUGGAGACAUAAACUCGAGUGUGAAUGUUGAAUGCGAGUACGAAGAUGACAGCAAGAAAAUGGAUAAAAAAAAUGGAGAAUCACAAAGUGAGGCGGACCUAAAUGAUAAACUAGUUCUUUUAAAUGACCGCAGAAAAUACAAAUUUCUCAAAAGAAGCAAACGAGAACCAGGUUCUGAGGGAACACCCGAAGGACAGCCCGAAGCAGAACCCGGAGCAGAACCCACGGGAGAACCCGAGGGAUCGCAUACAGGAUACACAGGAGCAACAGACCCUACAGCAGAGCCUGAAAUGUCCUGGCCAGAACCAGAGCCAGAUUGGGAUCAAGCUUUCGGAAAAUGGCAAGCUGCCUGGCCACUACACACGUACGGCUUCGGCGUGAUCUUCACAAUCAUCGCGUUGAUUCCAACGCUCGAGCUACUGAGAAUGCACGUCGAUAAGGGCAAAAUGUCCGCCCUUAAGUCCAGCUUGCUCGUCAUUAUCUUCAUCUUCAGUUCAACUCGGGCGAUGGCGCUUUUUGUGGACCCGUACGGCUCGACCAAACGAUUUCACCUCAUCGUAUCUCAGCUCUUGUUUUCUCUCGGUCAUCCAUGCAUGAUUUCCGCUUUAAGCCUUCUGCUCCUGGUACUUAUUGACACAACAAAAAUGAACGUUGCCCCGCCUAAAUUUCAACGCAUACAGUUCAUCAUCCCCGUGGUAGUUUUCCACGUGGUCCUGGUGAUAGUGACAGAUUUUGUGGUGGUUUACUUCCUAGAAGCUAAGGUUCUCCUCCUGGUGUGUCAACUGUAUUUCCUAUCAUUAGGGUUACUGCUAGCGGCGGGAUAUGUCCGUGUUGGCUGGAAAAUUCACGUAAACAUCAAAGCUAAUGUCAACAGCAAAAGUGCAGUCGACAACAGCAUGCGGCGUCUACAGUAUCUCAUUGCGGCGUGUGCAGUUGUGAGCGGUUUGAUAAGCGUACUGACAAUAUACGGGGCUGCUGGCGUUUUUGGAGUAUACUCAGAUGUGCAGUAUGUCGAACCCUGGCCUUGGUGGAUCUUCCAAUCAUUUAAUCGCCUUCUUGAAACCACCAUCUGCAUUGUAAUCUUACUCAUGAAUACAAAGGCGUCUUCCAAACGUAAAAUUUUUCCCUCAGCUCGAAGCUUUGUGACGAAAAGCAUUUUCUACGUAAGAAGGAGCACUGCAAAGGUUCCACAAACAUCUCCGCAAGAAAUGACGAUCUCAAACGUGGAAUAAGUUACAGAGAGUUUAAAAACAUUUUUACCUCACAAACUUUUGUUAGUACAUCACCUUCUGUGAGGAAAUAAAAAAUCGAACGCGAACCGAAAAAAAAUCACCUAGGAAAAGUGAGAAAACUUCCGGAAGAAUACUAGCCAAAAAACGCCAGGAACAUCGGGCGAAGAUUACAAAGAAACUAAAAACCUAACUGGCCAAACAAAAAAGGGACGGAACUAUAGCGUCUACAGACUCAUCGCAAAAGACGAAAUUGCAUGAAUUAAACUCUGAUGCUAAUAGUGAAGAAUUGUCACGUAACCGUUCAUUUUACAGACAAACUGUAAAUACAAUGUUUUAGCGGGGUUUAUAGGCCUAAAACAAUCCCAACCAAAACGAAUUGUUUUUCUUACUCGUGGUUUAGUACGCAGUCUAAAAGUCAUAGUUAGAUUAAAUCUCAAUAAACAAUC